UAAAUAAAGGUAAAAUAAAAAUAAACAUACACAGUUUGAGAAGUCAUGUUGCAGUCUUGGUCAGUGCUGCCCCAUCUCAUUGAGUAACUCAAAUUGAAGGGAAACCGGCUGCAAUUAGUAACUAAAUUAUCCUUACCUUCUUCUGUGUGCGAUUUUAAAAUAAUCUGUUUAAGGACAUACAUCUGGUGUAUUAGAAGCAAUUAUUGGUACCAUGACUGUCUUCUAAAAACAUUUUUAUUUACACAAAGAUUGUUCCAUUCACUAUAAUGAGGGAUCCUGUUUUACACUAACAAUGCUUGCAGUAUCGCGGUAGGCCUUGAACUUCCAUUGCUUCAAUGAGAGGGGGCACUCAUUCCCCCUGGGCGCUGCCCAAGCGGUCACAGACGUCAGUAGCCUAUAAUUGCUCUGAUACAAGUCCUCUAUCUAUCUCUGGGACAAGCGCCGAAGAAUGGACAGCGUUCCCGAGAUUCCAAUCUUUACGGAGCAAUUUUUUUGACAGAAAUCAUACAUUCAUAAGUCAAAUAAAUAACAUAGUAAAAUCACAACCAGUACAGUUUUAGUUCCCGAAUCCGGGCCUUUGUCAUGAUGACGAUAACGUAGCACUCUACUACUUAACUGCAGUGGCAGAUUCAAAAACCACAAGUAAUUACGACACACGUUUUACGCCUGUAGGGGUGUAAUCAUUAGUGCACACCUGAGUAAACAGUUGCCAAUAUAAAACGUUUUCCAUAGAAAAUAAGAGUUUCUAUUGGGCAAAUGUAGGUAGGUCACUACCAAUGAUGUGCGUCAUUGGUCAGUUCCGUUCGCUUUUGUUGGCUGUUUGGUUUCCAGCUUGUAAAUACAGCCCAGGUGUAACACACCCUGAAUAUAUUGCCCAACCCGUUUACCAUGGUAUGCGGCACUUGGCCUACUCUUGGCUGAAAAAGGAGGCCGACCGCUGUCAUGAAAAUGUGUUUGUUUUUAUCUUUACGGUCCAAAAUGCUAUCCACAUGCAUAUGAAAAUGGUAAAAGCAUAGGCUUAAAAUAUAUCUCCAAUGAUUUUCACUGAAUUCAGAUACUUCCCUUGUACAGCAAGGCAUCAAAGCAUAAAGGACAACACGAGGAAAGUAGGCUGGUAAAGAUGGAUAAGAGGAGCGGUCUGCGCCUGUGUCACUUUGGGACAGCCAGGCGAAGGCGAUGGUGGGGUCUGAGGAGAAGAUGGAUUUACAUUUACAUCACAUUUACAUUUACAUGGAGGAUGCUAGGGGUGUUUAAGACCAACCAGGAACAUGACUUAUACAGCCUCACCUGUCUUAUGAAAGAGGGCCUGCAUGCUGUCCUACAGACCAGCAACAACACAACAGUACCUGGUAAACUUUCUGCUGAACAUUACAAAUCGGCGGAGACUCAAGUCCACAAGGACUUGGAGAUGCAGACGUUUGCAGGGCCUGUGUUUGCCGUCCUGCGGCGGUCCCUGGAUAUAACAGAGGAGGAGUACCAGAGGUCCCUCUCUUCAGACGGCUGCUAUCUACAGUUCAUCAGCAACUCCAAGAGCAAGGCUGACUUCUUCCUCACGAAUGACAAGAGGUUCUUCCUAAAGACACAGAAUACGCGGGAGGUUAUGUUUUUCCUAUCCAACCUGAAGGCAUAUAUGGAUCAUUUGGAGAAAUUCCCCCAUUCCCUGAUGGUCAGGUUCCUGGGGCUCUAUAGCAUUCAAAUUCCAAAUAAAACAAAGAAGUAUUUCAUUGUGAUGCAGAAUGUGUUUUACCCGGACGAGAGGAUUAAUACCAGAUAUGACAUCAAGGGAUGUGAGGUGGGUAGGUGGACUGACCCUGCAUCUACGGGAAACCCAGUUACUAAGAUUCUGAAGGAUAACAACUUUGAAGGAAAGCACAUCAUUCUGGAUAAGCAGCGCUCCUGGCUUGUGGAUCAGGUUGAAAUAGACUCGGCCUUCCUCCGUAGCCUCAAUGUGCUUGACUACAGUAUCCUGCUGGCCCAUCAACCCUUGCACCAAGAUGAGCUGGACAGGAAUCACUCCUUUAGUAACCUGACUAUGCGCACUGUAAAGUCAAUGGACCAAGACAGUCCCGCAGAGGAAGAUCCCCCCACUAUUCCGUUGUUGGAGGGGUACUCUGCUCGACUGGCAUCAGAUACAAUAGACAGUGGGUCAGACCACAUCCAGAACACAGGGGAACACUCUGGCCAUGGAAUCCCCCUCCAGGAGAUAAACCUACACUCUGUAAACUGUACAGAAGCAGAACUCCUGGAGUUCCAAGCUCAUCACCGUAGGCUGCUGCCUAAUUUAAAAAACUCUGUGCAUGUCAUAGACGGACCAAAGCUGCGCUACUUUGUGGGUAUUGUAGACUUUUUCACUGUGUACGGUGUGAAGAAAAGGCAGGAGAACCUGUGGAAGAGUCUGCGCUUCCCUGGCAGAGCCUUCUCCACUGUCAGCCCAGCUACCUACUCCCAGAGGUUCUGCCAGUGGGUGAAGGACCACACCAAGUAAAACGGGGACACUGAAGCCCAUUGAAAGACACAGAAGAGACUGUCAAGUGAAUAAUCAACUUGUUUUAUGAACAGUAGGUGGCACCAAAUAGCUUCUGUUGCAGUGGUAGCCUGUUUAUAUAUAUAUAUAUCUAGAGGAAUUUUACAUUAGUGAUAUGUCCCCCAAACAAUUAUGUGGCAGGUUUCUCAAAAAUCAUGUAUGAAUGUGUAUAAAAUGUAUUGGAAUAAGUCGUGAUUAGAGAAUCAAUAAUAAAACCUGUCACUGCAUAAGAAACCACAAACUCCAUAAAAUGGGUAGAAGAUCACUGAUAGAAUAAUGAUUUCAGGAUGAUGUGUAGAUACCAGAGACGGUGACAGAUACCGCUGACUGAAUAUCGUCUCCCUGGACAUAGCUCUAGAUGUGUGUUUAGCCAGAUACUUCCAACAUAAUGGAUUUCAACGUGAAGAAAUUAGCUUCGGAUGCUGGAGUGUUUUUCACACGAGCUGUACAGUUCACAGGGGAAAAGUUCGGACAGGUAGAGAAGACUGAGCUGGAUGCCCAUUUUGAGAAUCUGCUCAGCCGUGCCGAUUCCACAAAAAACUGGACAGAGAAAAUCUUCAGGCAGACAGAGGUUCUGCUGCAGCCCAACCCAAGUGCCAGGAUUGAGGAGUUCCUGUAUGAGAAGCUUGACAGAACGGUUCCAUCCAGACCAAAUAAUGGAGAACUACUGGGUCAUUACAUGCAGGAUGCGGCUAAAGAUUUUGGACCUGGAACUCCAUAUGGUAGCACCCUGAUCAAGGUAGGUGACUGUGAGAGGAGACUAGGCGGUGCACAGAGAGAGUUCCUACAGACCUCCGCUAUCAGCUUCCUUGCCCCACUCAGGAACUUUCUGGAAGGAGACUGGAGGACCAUCUCAAGAGGCGUCUCCUGGAGAACCGCAGACUGGACCUGGACUCCAGUAAAGCACGACUGAAGAAAGCCAAACUAGCCGAGUCCAAGGCCGCGGCUGUGCCUGAUUUUCAGGAGACCAGACCCAGGAAUUAUGUCCUCUCUGCCAGUGCAUCUGCGCUCUGGAGUGAGGAAGUGGACAAAGCAGCGCAUGAACUUCGAGUGGCCCAGACAGAGUUUGACAGACAGGCAGAGGUCACACGACUCCUACUGGAGGGCAUCAGCAGUACACACGUGAACCACCUGCGCUGCCUGCAUGAGUUUGUGGAGGCACAGACAGCCUACUACAAGCAGUGUUACCUGCACAUGCAAGACCUGCAGAAAGAGCUGGGCAGGUGAGGACUGGCUCUGGGUAGAUGCACACAUGUAUAUUGGGCAUACCUAGCUGGGUUGUCUAUGCCUGGCUUUCAUUUGCUGCAAUGAUUUGCUCUAUUCAAAUAGUGUGUGCUGUUUAUCAAUGACCAUCUCCACUGUCAUCUCUUAUGCUCUCAGUUCCAAUGGAGAUGUGUAAGUAACAUUUGAUGACGAUUACAGUAACAUAUUUAUGUUAACCGCUUUUCUAAAUCAAAUAUGGUGAAGUCUUAUUAUUCCUUAGGGAAUGUGCUGUGUACCUUAUGGCUGUCUUCUCUCCCUAAACCUCUGCAGGUUUCCCAAUGCGUUUGCUGGUAACCCGGGUCUCUCCAUGGCCUCCAGUGGCUCCUCUCCCCAGGGGAAUGCCACCCUACCCCAGGACGCUGCCAGCGCUGUGGAGACAGACACACUGAAAAUCGAAGAGGUACAGGCCCCCGCCACGGGCACACGCAAGGCCAAGGUCCUGUACGACUAUGACGCGGCCGACACCAGUGAGCUCUCCCUACUUGCUGACGAGCUAAUCACAGUUUACACAGUGCCAGGCAUGGACUCUGACUGGCUCGUUGGCGAGAGAGGGAACCAGAAAGGGAGAGUGCCUGUCACAUACCUGGAGCUGCUCAGCUAAAGAAACUACACUCAAAGAAAUACAUGGACAAACACACACACACACACAAUUGCACUCACAUGCCUUCAAACAUGCAGACGUUGACGAAUUCAAACAAGCAAACACACCCACUGUACAUUCUGUACGCACCAGGACUGCAUGAAAUCAUUGGUAAUUAUGAAGGCAAAUGCGCUACAUUGAAUAUGGAGGAAUGGUUACCAUGACAACUUGGCUGAAAAUUCUGAAUUGUGAGAUGUUUAUAGAUUUUAAUUUCACCCUGCUUCUCACAGCAGGACAAUAAUCCUGCAGCUACAAGACAUGUAAAUGGUUAUGUGGAUUAUAAUUAAGGGACAAGUUUGUAGGGGCUGAUACAUUUUUUUCAAUAGGGCAAAUCAAGUCUGACAUUUUUUAAGUGGAAAUUACAAACUUUAGAAGCCUUUUUAAACCUUGAAUACACUACAAUUUGCAUUUCCUGCUGCGCUGGAAAAUUCUCUGCGACAACGGAGUGGCCAAAUUUAAGAUUGCAGAUCUGUACAUACUGAAAUCCCCUGUUAUUCAGGCUUUUUGGUUUUAUUUUAGGUGACCUUUCACAACAGGUGUGAAGCUUCAUACAACCUGCCCACUCACUGUCACCUGUUUAAACUAUAUGCACCAAUGCACCAAUCUUUUCCAUUCCAUACACCCUGUGCACCUAUGGUUAGUCCACAUUCCUAUAAUGUAAUUUUCCUCUACCACUACCAGGAACUGAAACAUUUCAUGGCCGUAUGCCCUGCUUAACGUACUGGGAAUGUAAUCACUCUUACAGCAAAUAUUUGAAGCACUCCUAGUCGUUUACUAGCUGCCUUACAAUGAUGCCAGAGAGCUGUUUCCAUCUGCUAUAGCUAAUAGAAUGUAUUGUACACACCACAAUGUUCACACACUCCUGUUUGCUUGGACACUUCCUUUGAAGAAGACAGGCCAGAUCUGACACAGAACAUACAUUUUGGCAUGCGAGACCAACUUAUCAUUUAAGUAUCUGUGAUUAGCUAUAUUCCCAUUUGUCAAUUUUUUUAGUUUGCUCUUUUGCUCUUCUGUUUCUUAAACAUGUUACUGUUCCUUCAGUUGUCUUUUGUUUCUAUUUAGUAAAAUGUUUGUUUGAUCUGAUGUCUUUUCUGUGAUCAAGUGUUUUCAGACAGGACCUAGGCUGCUGCAUGUGCUACUGGCAGGAGUUGGACUAUUCUGUCCACUGAAAAGCCUCUUUAAAAGAACAAUUGUAAUCCAAAGUUUUAAUGGCUGUAUGUAUGUAUCUUUAUUUAUUUUAGUAUCAAAGGAAACAAGUAUAUGCAUGCAAUUCUGAAUUGAGCCCAACCCUGGUUUGUACCAUUUGCUGCUGUGGCAUGUCUUGUUUUGACCCUUUUCUGCCUUUACUGUCAAUGUAUUUAUUGCCUGUUUACAAGUCAUGCUGAAUGAAUGAAAAUAUGUAGGAUGUAAUAAAAAAAAAAGUAUGCUUUAUUUGGA